AUGGAUGGCACGCUACUCAACAGCGCCAGCAAGAUCGCCCCCUCCACAGCGGAGGCCCUGAGAGCAGCACACGCCAGGGGCGUGCGGGUUGCCAUAGCCACGGGCAAGGCACGGCCAGCCGCCAUGUCCGCUCUGGGCGCGGCAGGGCUGGUUGGUGCUGCUGGCAUCUUCAGCGACAAGUCCCCGGGGGUGUUCCUGCAGGGUCUGAGGGUGUACGGCAAGGGAGGCAGGGUGGUGCACAACGCGCUGCUGCCCAACGAGGUCACUCAGGAGGGAUUUGAGUUCGCCCUGAAGCACGGCAAGGCACUGAUUGGCUUCUGUGGGGACCGUUGCGUGACACUUGUCGAUCACCCAUUGGUGGAGGCGCUACACACCAUCUACUACGAGCCACGGGCGGAGGUGAUGCCAAGUCUGCACCACAUCAUCAACGAGACACCCAUCCAGAAGCUACUGUUCUACGACACGCCGCACGGCAUUGACGGCUUCAUUCGUCCUUUCUGGUCGGCCGCUACAGCCGGCCGUGCUACAGUGACCCAGGCAGUGCCGGACAUGCUGGAGAUCCUGCCGCCCGGGCAAUCCAAGGGGGCGGGAGUGCGAGUGCUGCUGGACCAUCUGAAGCUCUCUGCUGAGCAGGUUAUGGCAAUUGGAGAUGGCGAGAACGAUCUUGAAAUGAUUGAGAUGGUGGGUUGGGGAGUGGCUAUGGCGAAUGGUUCCGAGAAGACAAAGGCUGUUGCGAAGGCCACAGUUGCAAGCAAUGAUGACGAUGACCUUGUCGAGGUGCACUUAGUUAAAGAAAUUUCUUCCCGCUCCGACUCGUUCUUCGAGGCCCUGGAAAAACUGGAAGAUCUGAACCGUGGGAUCGUGGAGACGUGCGAUCGCAUCCGUCUGUUGCGCGGCACGGUGGGGAUGCUGGACGAGGAUCUGCUGGAAGGAUCGCGGAAGCUGCAGACAACCAAAGUUCGGCGGGAGAAUCUACUGCAGCUGCAUCAGAAGCUGAAGUUAGUGGCGUUCGUGCACCAGGCCAUGGCGACCUUGAAGCUGCUGGUGUCAUCGGGCGACUGUGCGGGUGCGCUGGACGUGAUGGACGACUUGAGGCGCCUCAUGGAGGGGCAGGAGCUGGCAGGGCUGCACUGCUUCCGCCCCCUCAACGACCUCCUCCUCUCCUCCUCCGAUGCCGUCAACAGCCUCCUAACAGCUGACUUUGUGCGGGAAGCAGUGCACGAUGCUGCUGACGUGGCACCUUCCGCUAUAGUCACCAGUUUCAACCUCCAGAAGAGUGUGCCGCCCGCCGCAACGCUGCUCUCUAUAGUCAACCUCGAGCGGGAGGGCACGGAGGAGAGGGAGGCCCGCCUGAGGGAGCAUCUGCUGCCACUCGUCAUCAGCCUGCUGCGCACGUCGCGCCUGCCGGCAGUGCUGCGGGCCUAUCGGGAUGCAGUGAAUGUGGACAUCAAGGCGGCCGUGAAGACGGUGGUGGGCGAGCUGCUGCCGCUGCUCUUCCUGCAGCACGCCGCUGCUGCUGCUGGCGGGGUGGGGGGUGGUGCAGGAGGCGAGGGGGGCGAGGCUGCCGCUGAUGCCCUGAACGCGCCAUCGCUCGCCCUCAAGCUCCGUGCGCUUGCCCCCCCUGCCUUUGUCCACUUGCUGCUGGCCGUCUUCUCUGCCGUCCAGACCCGCCUCGUGCGGGCGGCAGCCGUUCGGAACGUAGUGUCUGGCAUUGCCACCGCCGGAGCUGCUGCCGGUGCUACAGCUGCGGCUGCCGAGCCUGCCGUGGGGUACGAGGCUGCUGCCGUGGCUGCGGCGUUUGCUUCAGGGGCAGAGCUAGUGGUGGCUGCCGAGGCUGCUGAGUCAAAGCUGCUGGGGAGGAAAGGGGUGGGGAAAGGCUUGGGAGGGGGAGGGGCGGCAGGAGGCGUUGGGGGAGCUGCAGGGAGCGGGGAGGCAGCAGGGGGGGAUGUGAGCAGCGUGACUGCUUUAGCCACGUUUAAGCAGCUCAGAGCCGACGUGUUGAGGGAGAAUGCAGAGGCAGUGAGUGACGCGUGUGAGGUGGCGCACGGGCGGUGGGCGAAGCUGCUGGGGGUGCGAGCACAGGUGCACCCGAAGCUGUCCUUGGGGGACUUCGUGGACAUGUAUGCUGUGACUUCGGACUUCAUUGCUUCCACUGAACGGCUGCUGCUGUGUGGGGCAUGGGCAUCAGGUGCACCCAAAGCUGCCUCCAGGGGACUUGGUGGGCAUGUAUGCUGUGACUCGACUGAACGGGUGAGGUGUUGUUGUGUGGAGCAUGGCAUGGGCAUCAAACCCCCCAAGCUGACUCUGGGGGACUUGGUGGACGUGUAUGCUUCCACAUCCGACUUCAUUGCGUCCACUGAAGGGCAUCCGGGGGCACCACCCCUCGAGCGCUUUCCGUCUCAUACCUCCCCUCACUUGCCUUGCCUCGGUGCCACAGCUGGGCUGCCGGCCGGGCUACAGCAGACGGGGUCAGAAGCACCCCUUGUGUUGUUUCCCGCUCACGCCUUCGUUCGGUGCCUUUCCCUGCCGUUCACCACCUCUCCGUCCCCUCGGUGCCACAGAUGGGCGGCAGGUUGGGCUAUAGCAUACGGGAUCAGCACCCUUCGUGCUGCUUUCUGUCUCAUCCUCCCCUCCCUUGCCUUGCCUCUAUGCCCAGGUGGGCGGCAGGCUGGGCUACAGCAUACGGGGCGCGCUACAGUCGCAGGCCAAGGCGUUUGUUGA